AUGCUCCUUGACACAAUCAACCCACCACCUCCUCCAGACUCCGGUCGCCGUCUGCAUUGCGGCACAUGCCUCAAUCAAGCUGGUAAUUGCGAUAGCAACCAAUCAACAGUCGUCAGGGCAUGCGACAUGAUUUGCAGUGAUAGACAUGAGCACAUGUCCGUGCAUCUGGCCGACUUGAGUCGUCGGUCAAUUCGACCGUCGACAUCGGUCUUGACGCCUCGCUUCACAUGUCCUCCCGUCAGACGUGGGACAGAACGGGCCAACACCGAAUCAUGUAACCUUGCCGGCCGAGCAUCUGCUCAAGUGGCUCGUGUAUGCGAGCCUAUCUCGUCCGGCUUUCGGCAUCUUUUUCCCCUUUUUCCCCUUUUCUCCCUGUCGCCCAUGCACAAGCCUCAUUGUGUCAUUUCUGUGUCCAGUCGGUCUGUUGUACACCCGGUCCUGGCUCAACUCACGAAUGUGAUCCAUCCGCCCGAGGCAACCAUGACGUUAGGUCAAUGGUCGCUCAUGAUCGCGUUCGCCGGAGCCCUGAUCUGUCGCGUCGAAGUGGCCGGAAUAAGUGUUCAUCUCAACGUUUUGCUGCCCGACGCCAGUUGCACAUCGGCCGCCUUCGACUUGGCCGCCAGCCUCUCGCAGGCCGUCAAUCUCAGCCUGACGACGUCGGUCAACCUGCAAAGUGGCGACAUCAGCCUCAACAGCAUCCCAAUUGUGGGCUCAUGUGAACUGACCCGACAAGCGGUGAGUCAGUUGGUGCAAGUGGUCACGGACGCCUUGCAGACGGCGGCCAGUUCGACGAGUCCGCAGGCCUACGUCGUCUUCGUGGGCCCCACAGCAGGAGCACAUUGCAGCAUUUUUCCCUUUCUCGUCAACGCCUUCCAGGGCCAGAACGCCGGACUGGCGGCCAAUCGGUACGUCUACCAAAUCGGCUGGCGUUGCCCCUACCGCCAGACGGUGGGCUACAGCUCGGUGCUGGAAUCGCGCGCUUUGGGGCAGAUGGCCGAUCUCGACUUGUUGCCCAGCCUCUAUUCCACCUUUGACAGAUUGACCUUCCGCCCCAGUGCCGCCCAGUUGACCGUCAGUCUGUUCAGUCUGCUUCACUACUUCGGCUGGGGCAGCGUCUUCAUCGUCUACGAGCGACCGUCUUGGCGCAACGACGCCGAGUGGGAACUGAUGGCCGAGUACAUUGUCAACCGGCUGGCCGGACUGAAUGCGGCCGGCGCGUGGAAACAGAUGUCCUCCAUUUCGGUUGUCAACGUACAGUCGUGGCAGCCGAAAAUGAAUUCCACCGCACUUCUGCAAAACACCACACAGACGUUCAAGGGUGAGUGA